ACAAUGCUUCCAUUUUGGUUCUUCAAUUCGCGCUGUGGCCGUUGUUACUUGUUAGUGCCAUAUCCACUUCUUCCCAAUGUAACCAUUCUUCACAAUCCAACGGAUUUACGCCAUGUCCUCAUCGCUCUGUUCCUCAAUUCGGGCAUUGACGCCGCACUACUGGCGGCGGAAGAACUUCAGAUUCUUCCUAUUGCUUCAUCAAUCAAACAGAUGCAUUUGCUUCGCACCUCGCUUCGUUGCUUGCUUGAACAACGACGACUCUGUUGCAAUACCCAGACCUGCGCCCCUCGCUUUCGAUCCUGCGGAGGAGCUCUACGGACUUGGCGUCGAUUUAAAACCCAGGAAUACAGCUUCUAGCGCACCUGAACCCAGGUCCUGGUUUGGCCCAAAUGGUCAGUAUAUCAAAGAGUUACCAUGUCCAAGUUGCCGAGGCAGGGGAUAUGCGCCGUGUACGGAAUGUGGAAUUGAAAGAUCCCAGGCUGACUGUUCCGUGUGUAAUGGAAAGGGUAUAGUGACCUGCCACCAAUGUUUGGGGGAUCGUGUCAUAUGGGAAGAGUCUAUAGAUGAACGACCAUGGGAGAAAGCACGCUCCACUUCUCCAUUAAGAAUGAAGGAAGAUGAUGAAGUCGAUAACUUGGAAAUAAAGCUGGAAGAAAAAAAGAAAUCAAAGCGUGUUUACCAAUCACCUCCUCCUGAAGUUGGUUUAAAGAUCAGUCGAUCACUAAAAAGUCUCAAUGCCAAAACAGGUAUAUUUAGUAAGAGAAUGAAGAUUAUCCAUCGUGACCCUGCGCUUCAUGCCCAGAGAGUAGCUGCAAUUAAGAAAGCCAAAGGAACUGCUGAAGCAAGAAAACGUACUUCUGAAGCUUUGAAAGCAUUCUUUAAGGAUCCAGAAAACCGUCAAAAGCGGAGCAUUGCAAUGAAAGGUGUAAAAUUUUACUGUAAAAACUGCGGCCGUGAAGGGCAUCGAAGACACUAUUGUCCUGAACUUAAGGAAGAUUCCUUUGAUAGGCGAUUCAGAUGUCGAGUAUGUGGAGAGAAGGGCCAUAACAGGAGGACUUGUGAGAAGUCUAGGUUGAGUAGUAUACCGAUGACCGCAACAAUUCAGCGCCGUUGCGGGAUAUGCGGUGGGAAGGGCCACAACAAGAGGAACUGUCAGAAGUCCGAGUUGAGCAAUCCAACUAACGUACGAAUAAAUUAUGCACAUCGUCAGAGCCGUCGCAAUGCAUUGAGGUUGAAUUUGAUCAAUAAAAAUAGGAUGGGGAAUGCAAAUAGGAGAGUGAGGCAGUAUCAUUGUAGGAUCUGCAAUAAAAACGGUCACAGUCGGAGGAACUGUCCCAAUACUGAUAGAGAAGGCAACGGUCUGACUACUAGAAGAUCAUACACCUGCAAACUAUGCCAUGAAAAAGGGCAUAAUAUUAGGACAUGCCCAAAUAGAAGUAUGAACAAUCUACAGACAAAUCUUCCUGUUGCUUUAAACCAAUAAUUUUCUUCUUGUAUGGCAUUGAAAUUCAACGGAAUUUAUCGCAUGAAGGGUGUCUGAGUAGCCAUUAUCUUGUUUUAUUUUUUUGGGGUGUGGUGGUGUAAUCAUAUUUAUGUGGAUGUGAAGGCCAAAGCAGUGCUCAGGUAAAGAUUGAGCAGGAUAGGUUGUGUCCUUGUCUACAACUUUGAGGAAGUUGAUUUGAUAAUUAUUUUGUUUCUAAUUUUUCAUUUUUUUGAAAAUCAAGGAAUGGUUUGCUAACCAAUUUUUUUGGGCU